UGAUGCUUUUGUCAUGCAGUGUCUUUCUGACUUUCCAGAAGUACGUUUCAGUAUAAUAUUGAACGUCAUUGUUUUGAGAAGUAAGAUAUCACAGAUAUUUAUUUUAUAUAAAAGGGAACGCACAUACAAUCUUUAAUCGUUACAUCAAUAUGAAGGAAGUCAAGGAAGAGAACAGCACUAACGACAAAAUAGAAAAGCGAUCUGUAAAAUGGGUCCUUAUCCUUUUUUACAUUUACCUUCAUAUUCUCGGUGUUAUCGGAAUGUAUUUUCUGUUGACCAGAGCGAAGUGGAUGACGGUAUUUUACUUUUUAUUCCUCGUCACGAUCUCAUUAAUAGGACUAACAGCAGGUGCACAUCGAUUAUAUGCACAUCGUACUUUUGUCGCAAUAGGGCAACUUAGACUCUUCAUUAUGCUAUCACAAACUCUUGCAGGCGUGGGUUCGAUAUUCAACAGUGUGUUUUGGCAUAGAAUUCAUCACAAAUAUUAUGGUACUGAAAGAGAUCCGUAUAAUCAUAAAAAAGGAUUUCUUUAUUCUCACGUCAUUAGCAAUUUUUUAUCAGCACCUUCUGACAUAGAAACGUAUGCGAGAAGCAUUGAUAUGCGCGAUAUAAACGAAGAUGGAUACAUGUUUAUACAACGAAAGUUUUAUUGGAUACUCUUUAUCGUAUUUGGACUAUUACUACCUAUAAAAGUACCUAUGGCAUAUUGGGAUGAAUCGAUAGCUAACUCUUUUCUAAUCAUUGGUGCAACACGACUGAUGAUAACUACGCACAUUGCCUGGCUUGUAAACAGCGCUUUGCUGAUUUGGGGUUUAGAAAAAGGAGCUAAAUAUCCGGUCGACGAUAAUUCUGUUUUUUUUGUAUCAAAGUCCUACUGGUUAAAUUAUCAUUAUAUACUUGCGUGGGAUUAUAAAAGUGACGAAUUUGGUAAGUACAACGCGGGUUUCGCCACGUUCAUCAUCAAAAUGUGGCGCGAACUCGGAUUAAUCAGUGAGAUGAAAACCAGCACCAGCAACGAUGUACGAGACGCUCUUUGCAAAAUUGCCACGUCGGAGAUGACGUUAAAAGAAGCUCUGGCAGAAAUGCAAAAAAACGCGGAAGCAAUUGCUUAUAGAGAGAAGCUAAUGUUUCAAUACUAAAGAUAUGAAUUUAUAAGAAUUUUACAAGUUAACAAAAAUUGAUAUGUAAUUGAGAUUUUUUAAAUUUCAAUUAAAGUAGUAAAUAUUUAUUAUUGUACAUUUAUGCAACGACCUAGCAAUUGUGGAGGUAGCAAUGGUAAUCAUUUUAUGUAAUUCGACGUCAAAAAAACUAUUCUUUUGUUACUUGGGGAUAUAUGCAAAACAUUUCAUUAAAAUUAUAAAAUACCAUGAUAUGUAUAAUUUAUAUACAUCAAUCACGAUUCGCCCGUAAUGUAUUGUUUUUGAAAUAAAUAUACAGAAUGAUAUCCAUUGAAAAAUAAAUUUGUUAAUCAAUAAAAAGAUUAAUCAUUAAAUUCAAAUACCGAAUAAUCACUGUACUUUGAAACGUCAUGGAAUCUCUACAUUACUGCAAUUGAUGAUGUAUAACGAUUUAAUGUUAUGAAAGGAAGAUGCAAAUGUUAAAUAAAAAGACACAAAAAGUAA